AGCUAUUCAGGCAACGGCGUUACAUUGAGCGUUAGGAGAACUCCGAUGGCGAAAAAGAACAGUCAACGGGUGCGAGUGGUGAGUGUUGUAGAUUGGCGGCCUCAGGACCUGUCUGCCUGGAAUAAAUAGUCGUAGGUUGAGGUGGGUGAUUGCUUUCUUUCUUCUCUUCAUCAGUCAAUCGAUCAAUCAUCUACAAUCAUAUCAAACGUCUUUCGAGAAGAGUCAUAAUUGUCCUCGUGUUAGUCCUCAGUCAACAGUCUACCUUGGAUUACAAUCACGAAACGCCCUUGUCGUCUCGUAUACACCCGAUACAACUCUAUUACCGUCUAUCACACAACACACGCCGAUCACUCAUCUGAUCCUCUCGAAUCACGACUGGCUACUCAACGCCUCCAACACCCUCAACACCAAUCAACCAUGUCGUCAAGCUCAUCUUACGGCUCCUACGGCCAGAACAAGGGUGCCUACGCAUCUCGUCCCUCGACAUCUUCCACAUCCUACUCUGCCGCCUCAUCCAGCCUAUACACAAACUCCGGUAGCUCGUCACGGAGCAAAACAUACAAGAACCCACCAAUCAUUCACAACGGCGGUGGAAAGAUCAACGACCCGAACACGUCCACGUCCGCGCCGAAUGGGACAUACUACAACUAGGCGAGACAGUGGUCGUCUGAUAGGGUGACUCAUGCCUUGAUGGAGAUCACGAUGUCUCUUUGCGCUACUACUGUUUUCCUUCGGAGUUUUUACGGCAUACCAUGGCGUUUCGACUGGCAUUUAUUGACUACUAGAUGGUCAAGGCUUUGGUACUAAGGGCGUAUAACACUGGCUUGCUUGCUGAUACUUCUUUUCGCCCGGAUAUUGGGGCCGGCAUUUCCUAGAUUUUCGUACUUGAUGGUGGGUCGAGGUCCUUUUAUCGGGUUGUAUCUCCCCUAAUCAUUCCCUUUGGUAUGAUUCUUAUCUAGCAUUUGUACAAUAGAUAGUCCAAACAACAAAAACACACACACAUUCUAUCU